UCCGCGUGGCUGCUGGCGCUGCUGGCGGCCACCCUCGUCCUCGACCGCUGCAGCUUCGCGACAGCCCAGCUGUACCGGCGCGGGCGCCCCGUGCGUCCCAGGGUGGCGAUGCGCAGGGCGCUGGCUCGGUCCCGCGGCGCGGUGCAGGGGCAGCCCGCCGACCUCUACGAGUACCGGGCGGACGCGGCGCCGGAGCAGCUGCAGCAGGCCGAGUUCCUCGAGUACCGGCCGCAGCCCCUGCAGCAAGCGCCUCGACAACCAGCGCCUCAGCGACAAGUACCUCAGCAACAACCACCUCAGCGACAAGCUCCUCAGCAACAACCACCUCAGCAGCAGGAGCCCAACGUCCAGCCGCGGCAGAGGCAGCCAGAGCCCACCCAGGUGCGACAGCCCCAGGCCCAGCCGCAGUUCCAGCCGGAGCUGCCCCCGCUGUCCUCCAUCACGUUCUACGUCUUCACCAGAAAUUCUGCACAGCCUGGUAUUCUUCACGUCGGCGACGAGAACUCAUUCUUCUCUUCGGGGUUCGAUGUGCAGAGACCGACUAAAGUCAUCAUCCACGGAUUCGGCAGCGACGUCAACAAGCCCAUGAUGGUCACCAUGAAGGACGCCUACCUCUCGGCCAUGGACGUGAACGUGCUGUCCGUGGACUGGUCCCCGCUGUCGGCGCGGCCCUGGUACCCGGUGGCGCGCGCCAACGUGGACGUGGUGGGCCCCCGCGUGGCCGCGCUGCUGGACUGGCUGGCGGGCCACGGCGCCUCCCUGGGCUCGGUGCACCUGGUGGGCCACUCGCUGGGGGCUCACGUGGCGGGCAUCGCGGGCGCCAACGUCCGCAGCGGCAGGGUCAGCAGGAUCUCCGGCCUGGACCCGGCCCGGCCCGGCUUCCGUGACGUGGCGCUGCCGCGGCGCCUGGACGCCGGGGACGCCGUGUUCGUGGACGUGAUCCACACGACGGCCGGCCUGCUCGGCAUGGAGGACCCCAUCGGCCACACCGACUUCUACCCCAACCGCGGCGUCAUGCGCCAGCCCGGCUGCACCGACCUCGGCCCGCGCUGCAGCCACGAGAAGGCGUACAAGCUGUUCCGGGACUCCAUCGGCCAGGAGCAGUACGAGGCGGUGGGCUGCGACUCCAUGCAGGACGCCAUGCAGGGCCGGUGCAGGGGCCGGCCGGUCGUCAUGGGGGAGCGAGCCAGCGGCACGUUUCCGGGGAUCUACUUCGCGGUGACACGCUGAUCCUCUGCGGAUGGCCCCAAUCGGACUUCACCGCUAAACGCGAAUGAACAAAUUUAAACUGCUGUUGAAUUUCCUGGAUUAGUGCUAAUUGUUAAAUAAAUACUAACGUAGUGGUCGAGGCCACAACUAAGAGAUUCGACUUUACAGUUUCGACAGUGUAUCUGCCGAGGGGUGAAUCACUGGCGUACUCAUGUGUACAAAUAUGCCCGUACUCAGUGUACUCACAAGUUUAAAAAGAGCAAAAUUCGCUCAGUUUUACUCGAUUUGGCGUUGUGUCGCUAAAACAAGCCAAAAAACGUUGAAAAUGUGAAAUUUAUGAGUGAAAGAAGGUGUAUUCACCCGUACUCAUGAACUCAUGUGUACACCACAACGCUGAGUGAUUCACCCCUCGGUAUCUGCUGCUUUUCUUGUCUCUCCACGCUGCGCACAGGCGAGCCAAACUUUUGUGUAAGCUGCACCACUCAUUGGUCGUUCGUUUUUGGCGCAAGCCUCUGGCUGAACACGCCUGGAACGAAACAACCCCUGUACGUAAAUAAAAACGAGUAAUACGAGUAA